AUGGCCGAUCCUUCUUCUUAUUUCAUUGAAAAGAAUAUUGAACAACUUUUCGAAACCCUGAUGGAAGCAGUCGUAACUGCUCAGCCAGAAAACCCACGCCAGUUUUUAGCUGCACAUCUUCAAGACAACAGAUCAAUUUCUUUUCACGACUUUUUGAGCCUUUUUAAUUCAAUAUCAAAAAUCUCAGCCGAGACUAAUCCAAGAAACGCGUUUGACAGUAUCAUAAAUGAGACAUGCAAACUUCUGCAUUGCGAAAGGGCAAGCUUAUUUAUCCAUGACCCAACACAGAAGUGCUUAAAACUUAUUGUAGGGAAAGGAGCCAAAGGAUUGGUUUUAUAUGAAAAUUCAGGGUUCACAUGGACUGUGUUUAAUACAAAACAAUGUGUUAAUAUUGCUGACGUGUAUUCUGACCCAAGAUUUGACUGCUCAGUAGACUUAACAACUGGCUUUGUAUCAAAAUCUAUGCUAGGAGUCCCAAUUCUAAAUCAAGACAGAGAACCAAUAGGUGUUCUUCUAGCAUUAAACAAAAAAACUGGAGCUUUCCCUGAAAAAGACGAAGAAAUCAUCACAAAACUUGCGCAUCAGGCUGGAAUCUCUAUAAGAAACGCUUAUUACUAUCAGCAAGCAAUUUAUAAUGAAAAUAAAACAAAAGUCCUGCUCGGGUUUAUCAAAAAUUUAAGCAAAGAUAAGCCAGGUCAGAUUUUAGCUCUAGAUUUAGCCAAACAUGCAGGCGAUUUAAUUAAUGCUGACAGAUGCCAGAUAUUUUUGAUUGACCGAAGUGCAGAAAAGCUUAUAUUAAUCGCUGCAGACUCAGGAUUAGAUUUUAAGCUUCCUUUAAACUCAGGACUUGUUUCCUAUGCUGCAACUACAGGAGAAACAGUUAACGUAUCUAAUGCAUAUGAAGACCCUCGAAAUAUCACAGAUUUUGAUGAAAUUUUUAACUAUAAAACCCAGUCUCUUAUGGCAGUUCCUAUAAAAUGUGAUGAUGAAAUCAUCGGGGCUAUCCAAGUCACUAAUAAGCAUUACCACAAUGUAUUUGGGGACAUUGAAAUUUAUGAUACUUUUACCAAAGAAGAUGAAAAACUCUUACAAGUUUUCAGUGAGGUCAUGGGGAGAAAGCUUAAACACUCAUUUAGACUACUGCUAGAUCUCACACCAGUUACAGAAGAUGUAUCCAAGUUCGAAAGCAGCUUUGGGAAGAAAAAGAAUUCAUUUUCUGAAGAUAGCUCAGCAAUGCAGGUGAUUAAGGAAGAAAAAGAAACAGAAUAA